CGUUAUGUGUACAGUGGCCAUUCGUACCGAUUUUGGCGGGACAGUGCCGAUUUUGAGAAAAUUGUCCCGUCAUGCGACCGUCAUUGCUAAUAAAUUAACUUAAAAUUGUUUAUUCUUGGUUCGAAACAGCGUUCGUGAAAACCGCGAUAAAGUAAAGCAACAGAAAUUGAGGCCAUGAGUCGGAAAAGGCCACUUGACGAAAAAGAAAGUAAUAAAACAACCUGUACCGUAGUAAAAAAAGCUCUACGAUUAUCAUGUAAAAAUUUCCAUGUAUAUGAUCAAAUACAAAAGGAUGUGGAGGAGAUGUCGUCUCUAUUCAUCGAGCUAUCAAGAUACAUUCACUUUACCUUGAUGAAACGUUGGGAACAACAAAACUUUGAACCCAUAAAUUUUCUGGACUGUUAUUACCAUCUAAUGGUAAAGAAAAAACCAAAAUAUACAAUAGACCAGGAGUAUAAUAUGCUGCGCAAAAACCUCAAGUUGUACGAUAGUUCGUAUCGGCCGAAUUUAUUUGUGGAAAACGCGAAUAAAUUCCUAACAAUAUUCCACAACAAUAUUUGGAUGCACGGUUGUACUCGGCUCAGAAAAUAUUUCAAAUUUGAAGAAGACAAAAAAAAGGUAUAUAAUACACUGAGCUACCUAUUCGAUAAAAAUUCCAAAAAUAGCCCAGAUGAAGCGGUACUUGAACGUAUGCGUACCGAUUUAAAAUGGAACGGGAAAAAGCUACACGAAAUAGAGAAUGUCAAACUAUUUUGGUCGUCCAUAGAAUUAUUUUAUAACCUGCAACGGUAUAAUGAAAUCAAAGAAAUACAAAAUUUUUCAUUGAUACCACAACUAAAACACGGUUUACAUCACGUCAGAUACGAUCGAUUUGCGUUCCAUCAACUAUUGUGUCGAUUAAAAUUAUUCAAAGGACCAUUUUCUUCCUUCGAUAAAAGUGAAUUUGGAAAGUAUUUUAAAAUUCCUUCAACGUGCACUAAAACGUUUUCAUCCUUACAAACUGAUGGCAUCUCCAUUUCAUUUUGUAUGGAAAAGCAAAUAAAAAUACAAAACGAAACUAAGCUAGUGAAAAAGAGAAAACUUAAAGAAAAAGAAACGGAUCGUACAGGAGAUAUACCCCACUAUUCUAACAGAGUCACAAAACUUAGCUCAUCACUGUUGUGAUUUCCAGUGCGCCGAGAAAUAAUACGGCUGUUAAUAAAAAUACGUGCAACAAAAUAUGAAAAUAAAAUUGGCCUAGAUCCUGGGUGUCGGCUAAUUUUAGCUGGCAUCCAGAACAAUGUUCCUGUGAAAAUUAAAAAUUCGUACUAUCAACACCUUUCUGGUUUCUAUUCUCGCAAAAUAAAACUAAAUAAAUAUACGAAAGAUUUCACCACAAAUUCAGAAUUGUCUGCGAAUUCGUCAAAUUUUAAAGAAUAUUGUAAAUUUGAACUUGAAAUACUGGAGCAAAAACAAAAAAUAGCCUCGCAAAGAAAGGUGGCUCGGCUGAAGCUGAAGAAAUACAUUUGCCGACAAAAAGCCUGCAACCAAAUUGCGCAACAACUGGUACCAAACAAAGAAGAGAAAACUUUAAUCUGCACCGGAUCAACAGAGAUUGCUUCAAACUCACCAAUGCGCGGAUAUAGGCGAGUACCUAAUCGCCUACUAAUCGCAGCUUUAAGUCAACGAACAGCAGACAUUCUAAUGGUUAACGAAUUCAGAACAACCAAACUUUGCGCAAAAUGUUACAACGUAAACCUGACGUCCAAAUCGCCACACAGGUACCAGUUUUGUCCAAACUGCCGUACUUGCUGGAAUCACGACGUCAAUGCUGGGAAAAACAUUCUCUACCUGGGAGAGUGUAUUAUUAACCAAGAACAAUGAGAAUUUUCACAAAUAAGAUGUCAUUAUUUCAUUUAUGGCGAAAAAUAUGUACAUCUGACUGGCAACAGUUUAACUUAUGUUACUAUAAACAAUUGUAAGUUUAUAAAAAAGUUGUAAUACACCCCUCCCUAGCCUCGAAAAUAUCAGAAAAAAGCACGAACCACACCCACUUCUUAGUUUUUUUUAGCUUGACGGGUCGUAUUCUGCACUUAUGCAUUUUUUAACACCUCCGAAUGGAUUUCUGCCUUAAAAAAGGCAUCUCAUAAAGUCUAUUUGCUGUUCGGAGGCGUCGUAAGACUGUAGGUCCCUCCAUUUGUGUGACAAGAUCACGACGCAGCACCAAAAUAUUAUUAUUAUUAUAUAAGUAAAUUUCGUCAAUAAAACCAGUGUUUAUUUUUUAGAUUUAUAUAUGUAUUUAUUGAUAUUGAUAGUUUCAAUUAAACUUCGUAAUAAACUUACAAUUAUGGUUGUGUAUUCAAAGAAAUAUGAAACAUUAAAUUAUAAAGGUCAACUAAGAUUUGGCUCACACGCUCAAACUUUAAUCUUACUUUGGAGGGAUGUUUUCCUUUCCAUUCAUACUGAUUCCUAGCUCCAAUUUACAUAUGUAUGUACGCAUUUUCUUUCUACAACAUCUGUCUGUUUUCUUAGAUUUUCUUUUUUUCUAAUUUUUCAUAUGUAUAAGUAUAUGUAUAAGUAAUACACCUUUUUGUGGAUUAUAAACAGUAAUAAACUUGUUGGCCGGAAGGACCUUUGUGUUCAAAGACUUAGAUUUCGUAAUUCAUUAACAAUUAUUGCCGGGAAAAGAAAAUAUCUUACUACAUAGUACAUACCUACAUAUGUACCCUGAUAUUAAAGCUGCUAAUUUUUGGAAUUGAUUUCAACAAACCGCUUUAUACUGCUAUACACUGAAUUGCUACAUGUAUGUAGGUGAAACACAAAAUCGCUUAAUUACAUGUAAAUAAAUUAAGAAGCCU